GGUGCUCCCUCCUUUAUUCCCCCAUCGCGAACACAAUACACUUCACCUGCUGAAGCACACCCGCAGCGAACGUCACCAUGCGUCCCAAGUCCUCGAAGCCCACCAACGAUGAGCUUCUGGCUCAGUUUGACGACUUGACCGUGGAGUCGGCCGUCGACCAAGAGCCCUCCAAGACUGCCUCUAAACCGGCCACCACCACCGCUGCUACUGCGACGCAGUCGGAGCAAGACAUCCUCGCAGAGCUGGACAGCUUGACUACCCAGCGCCCCAGUAGCGGCCCGGGUACCCCGCGUGUGUCGAUCAACGAGCCCCGUCCAGUUAUCAAGUCACCCAAGCCCGCUCCAGCGGCUGCGACACCCGCGGCCGGUCGGACCAGUGAGGAGAAACCCGUCCCGCGGAGAUCGGGUGAAAGUGUGCGAGCAUCGAUUCCGGAAAAGAAGACCGUCAAUGUCCCGAAACCCGAGUCGGAGCAGCCCGUCGCAGCAGAGGCAGUUACAUCUAGCGGCGGCGGCGGCGGAGGAUGGUGGGGAGGUCUGUUCGCGACAGCUUCGGCUGCUAUGAAGCAGGCCGAGGCGGCCGUGAAGGAGAUUCAACAAAACGAAGAGGCGCAGAAGUGGGCGCAACAAGUGAAGGGGAAUGUCGGUGCACUGAGAGACUUAGGCGGCGAGCUUCGCAACAUGGCCAUCCCGACCUUUACUUCCCUCAUCCACACUAUCGCUCCUCCGAUCUCCUCUCACGAACGUCUUCAGAUCCAUAUCACUCAUGAUCUGUCCGGAUACCCCAGCAUCGACCCUCUGGUCUACGCAGUCUUCUCGCGCGUGAUGGCCCAGGUGGAGGGCGGCGAUCUCCUCGUCAUCCAGCGGGGGCAGGAGUCGGCACCCAAGCGCGGCCUCGAUAUCGGCGGCAUUCAAUUUUCGGGACCAGGAUGGCACGACGGGCCUUGGUGGCGGACGGUCACUCCCGGUCACCCUCGGACGCUUGCGGCCGUCCGCGGCUCCGUGGAAGCUACCAAGCUCGCCCGCGCGAGUGCCGAAGCCUACGCCACCGAGCUCUUCUCCGCUCGGGGAGGAGUGGAGGAAGCCGCGAGACAGGCCACUCAAGACCUGAGCGAAAGCAACCCCGUGCGCAGCAGCGAUAUCUUCUUGGCCAUCCAAGCUGUCAGCCAGACCACAUCCGCGGAGCUCUUCCAAUCGGGCCCCACGACCGAAAAAGCCAGCCCGCCGGGAGUCAUUGACGCGCCAGCCGAGACCGAGGAGGAGGUCGUCUUCGCGCUGUAUCUCCAUGACCCCAUCCACGGCAUCUCCUUACACACGCUCUCCCAGGCCGUGCCUCAGAAAUGGAUCGACUGGCUGGAGGCCUCGGCAGCUCCCGCCGAAGACCCCAACAGCGAAGACCCCAACCUGCCUCAGACCGUCGUGCCCGAGGAGAUCGCGGAGAUCAUCGAGGGCGGCGGAGUGGAUCCUCGCGAAUGGGCGGCGGAGUGGAUCGAAGAGUCCCUUUCCCUGGCCGUCGGAGUUGUCGCGCAACGCUACGUCGCUCGGCGCAUGGGCGUCGGCGAGCGGACGGCGGCUAAGGGCAAGAUGCGUGCUGAGCAGGCUUCGGUGGUCGAGAGCGGAGCCGGUGAAGUUGCGCGGGCGCUGUAGGGGAUGGUUAGUUGCCACGGUUCCUUUUGUUUGCUUCAGUUUCUUUUUUAAAGUUUCUCCCCUGAUGAUCAAAUGAUACUCCUGCCCGCCGUUUUUGUCCUGCGCGCAAUUACCUGUUCUUCUUGAAUGCCUUGAGAGUCCAUGACAUUGUUUCGUACAUUGUCACUUAAUCGCGCUGAAACCAGCGUACAUAAACCAACCUCUGACUCCCUAUUGAAUUAGCGAACCUUGCCCGCAUAAUGAAGCAGAAAUAAGAGCGUAUCUGCAAUGCACUAUUUAUGAUUGAUGUCGAGAUAAUAUCUUCUUUAUGUGUGUGUCCUCAUCCAGCAAUUGCAUCCAAACAGAUCCUCU